AUGGCUCAAUCACACGAGACGACGGCGCGCAAGCGGCAGAUUCGCGCCCCAAUGGCAUGCCAGUUCUGCCGUCACCGGAAGAUGAGGUGUACCAAUGAGAAGCCUCGAUGCCAAAAUUGCGUAGAACAUGAAAAAGACUGUGUUUAUGCAGAGUUAGAAAAGAAGCCAAGGCCUUCCGGUGUUCGCAUCGCCCAAUUGGAGCUGGAGAAUCGCAGACUGCAGGAGAAAGUUUCGAGCCUCAGCGCGAUAUUACAAGGUACAGAAAAUGCGAGAUGCGGAGAACCUAGCUCAAGGGAUCCAAAUCCUCAAGAUGAUAAUUCAUUGAGCUUUGCUGGUCUGCAAAGCUCAACACCUAGACUUGGUGCACAGCAAAUGCCGACACCUGGUUCAGCUUCAGACUCAGAAAGACAUACUGUGGUACAGAAUACAUUUUCCCCAGACACAGAGUCUUGCUACCAUGGUCCAACAAGUACUCUCUUUGAUGAGAGCUCUGUCGAGGUCAACGACACACAAAAAGUGACGGAUCCAAAAGUGCCAGACUUGUGGAAAAAGCGUCAAUUGGUUGCUGAAUCUGCAAACCAACGUCAGCUCGAGACUGUCAAUUUUGUCGCCCAGAAACUUGUUUUUGACGGGGUAGAUCCAGACCUCGGAAUGCAUCUUUUGUCAAUCUUUUGGAAUCGACAGCCGGUAUUGGGUCCGAUUGUUUACCGUACAGCUUUCAUGCGAGAUAUGGCCUGUGCCGGACCAUACUUUUCGACGCUGCUAUUAAAUGCCAUCUAUUUCUAUUCUUCCAAAUAUUCUUCCCGAAUAGAAGCAUGUCAACAGCCGAGUAACAAGCUGACAAUCGGAUGGGAGUAUCGGAAAAGAGCCAUAGCAUUGCUAAACAAAUCUUACGACAAGAGCAAUAUCACAACCGUACAGGCGUUGCUCAUCAUAUCCAGUGCUCUGUUCUCUUGGUGUGAUGAAAGGAGUCUAUCAUGGCUGUAUGCAGGAAUGGCAUUUAACAUGAUUACUGACUUGGGUAUACACGUUGAUGCAACUACUCAAAAGAAGCGUGUUUCUGACGAAGACUCAGAGAUAUGUACCAGAAUUUUUUGGGCAGCGUAUGUCAUUGAUAAACUUCAGUCACUGUACCAGGGCAGGCCCAGCUCUCUUCACAAAUUCAACACAAAUCUUUCCAUAGAUUUUACGGAUGAACAUGAAGAGCUCGAAUUGUUCAAUACAUUGACUUACAGCGAAACGGCGAGCAAUCUGAUGUAUCCUGUUUAUAGUAUCUCAAUUUUCCGAGAGACGUGUAAAUUAUGUAUGAUUUUAGACAAAGUCAUCCUCAGCCUUUACUCGGAAGACAGUAGUUCCAAAAGGCCUGAAGAGUUGCUUCGCGAGUCUACCGCACGAACCGUCGAGCUAGAUAACUGGAAAAACACACUGCCAACUCAGCUCAAUCUUGACCUAUCAAAUUCCUGCACAAGAACGUACCUGCCUCACGCGUUAUCUCUUAUAUCCCUAUUCAAUGUCCUUAUCAUCUUGAUCCAUAGACCUUACGUGUCCGAUGGGCACCUUCAGUCAAUGUCGUCCUCUGUGGUUCUCGACUCCUUUUCCAAAUGCGCAAUUGCGGCCUUUGAGAUUGAUAAUAUAUUGAAAAAGUAUGAGCAGUAUUAUUGUCUGAAGACUGCUCCUUAUAUCAUGUCAUACGCAACUUAUGUUAGUGCCACUAUACAUGUCCGUCUCGCGGCUCAAAGAAAUGGCCCAAGCGAUGCACAUGAGGCACUGCGGAAUUGCGUCAAAGUACUGAACCUUCAACAGUCUGUUGGAUGGGCUCCUAAAAGAGCCAAGCGUGUUAUUGAUGUACUCAUCACACGCCUCGGUGUCGUCUUGUACGAUGAGGACGCGUUUCGUACUAUAGCCGAGGUAGCUGUCUCCGAUUUUGACAUCGAUACCAUUACCAGAAUGUUUUCUACAGCGCAACCGCAAGCCGACGGCCUGGAAUCCGCCUUUGCGAAUAAUACUCAUCAGUAUUCAACCGGAUUAGCUGCUGGCAGCAGCUCUACAGUGCAACAUUCCAACAUCCUGGCUAAUGAACCCGAACAAGUUGCCGAAGAUCGGAUGGCUUUCACGGGAGAGGACAUACCUUUCAUGUACGAUCCGAUCUUCGGAUUCAACGGAGUUACCUUUGAUGACUGGGAUAACUGGGGCUUGGGUAUGGGUAGUGAUUACACAUAA